AUGAGGAUCCUUUGCCUGCUGCUGGCUGUGCUCUUUGUGGUGCUGCAGGGCGUUGCAGGUCAGCGCUACUUUCCUCAGCCUUUUGAUACUUGUAGGCUUCGAAAUGGAAUCUGCACUCGAGGAAUCUGUCGGAGGCCAUAUUACUGGAUUGGAACCUGUAACAAUGGAAUAGGCUCUUGCUGUGCAAGGGGCUGGAGGAACUGA